GUAGGUUUAGAUAUACUAAAAUAAUGAUGCUUAGGUCUAAAUGAUGUCAAUGUGCUUCCAUAUGAAGUUAGCCAUAGAUAGUGGAACACGCAAUAAACCUGUACUCCGCUGGGUUGACUAUUUCGAGAAUACAGUUUUAAAAAGGUAGGCCGUUUAUUGUCCCACAACCGCGUUUUUUUACUCAGAUUCGUGGUACUACUUGGAUAAUAUCCUCGUUCGGUGCUUCAGAUUUGACCUAGAUCAGUUCUAUUCUAAAUCUCUGUUUGAACGCCUCUCAAAACAGCGAGACUGUAUAUAGAUGAAAUGUACACAAGGCAGAUGUUAAUAUCCUGUACAUCGACCUAUUUAAGCUGUUAUGCAAAAGCACGGUAAUCGUGCAGUGGCUGAAUAACAGAAUAACAGUCGCGCAUAGAGCAGAGAACGUGUGAGGUGUACGCAUUACAGGACACAGAGAGUUAAGCCCGUGUUAAAUUUGUGCUGUUUGAAGUUUUCUAGUUUUUGAAGAGGAAGUAACAGAGAAAGUUGCUCUGAUAAGCAUGCCCUGUUCUUGAUCCGAGACUAAAUGUAACAAGGACAUGUUUAUUUACAUUAAAUCAUUCAUUUACUUGCCAUGUGAUGGAAUUGAAACACGAGUUACGAAGUACAGGUAUUUCAUUUCAUAGCUCCCACGACAUCAUAAUCUAGCUGAUAUGCAUUUCGACGAGUUUCUAAAGAUCCUUGGACAAUUUGGGACCUACCAGAAGCAGAGGUAUAGCCUCAUCUGCCUUGUAGCCUUGUACUCUGUAGUCUCAAUGUUUGGAAUUGUAUUCUACGGUGUAGUACCUCAGCAUCACUGCAAGAUUCCCCAGCACCACGUGGAACAUGUAAACAGCACAAUCGGCACCGUGACGUCAGAAACCCUGCUUCGUAUCACUGUACCGCACAAUGAAGAUGGCAAACCCAGCAGCUGUAGCCUAUAUUCUUUAAAUGACUUGUUUUUUAAUAGAACAGGUUUUGAAAAUGAUGUCGUGCCAUUCAAUAAAACAGCUUUUGUUCAGUACCAUAUAUCUGCCGCAAACGUUGCGUACAAACUUAAUCAAACACCUGAUGAUGUGAAUCGUUAUCGUUGGUCAAACAAAUCCGUUCAAACAAUGGAAUCAAGGGAUGGUGGUGAAAUUCUUCAAAGUGACAGAAGAAGAACCCAACCCUGCCCAGAAGGACGAGUGUACAGCACAGACGUCUACCAGUCCACAAUAGUAUCAGAGUUCGAUUUGAGCUGUGAGAAUAAAUGGCAGCUAAGAACAACAACCUCUGUAUUCUUUGCUGGGAAACUAGCUGCAACGUUACUGUCUGGGAUGGCGGCUGACAGGUUUGGCAGGCGUCCGGUGUUCUUAGUGGGAAUGAUUCUGCUAGCAUUGUCAGGUGUGGCAUUAGCGUUCUCCCCUAACAUGAUCGUCUUUACGGUGCUGUAUGUGAUACAAGGGGCAAGCGAUGCCUGUGUAUUCCAGUCCAUCUACACUCUUGGUAUGGAAUGGGUGGGCCCGAAGAAGAGACGAAUUGCAGGGAUGGGGAUCAGCAUCUGUUUUGGACUCGGUCAUUCUAUUUUGGCAUUGGAGGCGUACUUUCUCCGUAAUUGGCGCCAUCUAGCGCUGGUGGCAAGUGCUCCGGGAGUAAUAUUCAUAGCAUUCUGGUUCUUCUUCGGGGAAUCUGUACGCUGGCUUCUUGCACGUGGGCGUUAUGAAGACGCUAAGGCUAUCAUAGCCAAAGUAGCCAAGACAAAUAAAGUUGAAUUGGAAGACAGUGUGUGGGAGAGUUUGUUCAAGGAGAAGAGCGAAGUGAAGCAGACGACACAUACUUUUAUUGAUUUGUUUCGAACCUGGAGGAGAGCGGUCAUGACAACUACCCUUGUUUUCGUUUGGUUUAGCAGUAAUAUAGGUUACUCUGGCUUAGCAUUAAACGCCGAGGGGUUGGGUGCCAAUGUAUACCUUAAUUUUGCUUUGCUUGGCGCUGCAGACGUUCCAGGGAUGGUGCUGUCUAUGUUUCUUCUAGACAAAAUUGGAAGGAGGAAAAUAAUCUUUUUUUCUAUGUGUGUUGGUGGAGUUGCUUGCGUAUUGACCGGAGUUAUACCUAAAGAUAUGCAGUGGUUGGUAGUCACAUUGGCACUCAUUGGUAAAAUGAUGAUAGGAGGCGGGGGAGCUGUAAUCUGCAUGCUAGCGGCUGAGUCUUACCCAACAGUUAUUAGAAACGUGAGCCUUAGCUUCGCCGCCUCGAUGGCGCGUCUGGGAGGAGUUGUCGCACCUCAAAUCUUGCUUCUAAGUCAAUUCUUCAAGCCUCUUCCAUCUGUCGUUUGGGGUUGUACGGCCAUAUCUGCCGGAGUGAUGUCAUUAUUUUUGAGGGAGACAUUAGGGAAGCCGUUGCCUCAAACAAUGGAGGAACUGGACGUUAUGCUUGCAGAAAGGAGCAUGAAGUUCUGGAAAAAGGUACCACAAAGCGACGAAGCGGCAAAGGAGACAGAAAUGCAAGCCAUGGAUGCCUGAUGUCCAGUGUAAUUUAAAUCU